ACUUUGCGUUGAAAUUCUUUCUCAUAUUUUUAAGCUAAAGAAUAUAUUUUAUUUUAAAUGCUUUGAGCUUUUAAGCCUAUAGACAAGGUUUACAUACAGUUUAAGGAAUGUUUUAAAAUAAUAUUUAAUAUAGCUAAACAUGGAAGUAAAGCCAGGUCCGAAUCCCGUGGAUGAACCGACGCUUCUUUACAAGUUACAACGUAAAAUCAAGGUUUUUAAUACAAAUAACCCCCUUCCUAAUCGAGGCUACAAUUUAGUUGCAAGCUCAAGUAAAUAUGGGCUUGUGUUCAUUGCAUCGCCAAGCAAAACAAUUUCAGCUUAUUACCUAAAAGACAUUAUUAAUAAAGACUGUGAACCAAAACAUGUGACAGUCCAACUGCCAAUACAACCAACUCAUGUUGCCGUCAACUGCGAUCAAGAGUGGCUCGCUGUUACUGGUGACCAGAUGCUCAUUGUCUAUAAGUGUCAGGAUUUUCAGAAUCAGGGUGUUGGUCCGGCUGCAUCAAUAAAAUGUGAUGUGAAUCCUUCAACCUUUAUAUCAGCUUUACAAUGGAACCCAUGCAUACCUGACACCAUUGGUCUUGUCUAUUUUGAUGGAACUUUGAUAACAUGUCAAGUCAGUACUAUGCAAGUUAAGAAGAUACAGUCAAAUGCAAAGUGCCUCUGCUGGAGUCCAAAGGGAAAGCAAUUUGUGACUGGCAACAAUGAUGGUACACUCACCCAAUACAAGCCUGAUCUGACGCAGAUGAAAGUUGUGCCCGCACCCAACUUGUUCCAAGGUGCUCCUGUGGAGGUGCUGGCGAUAUACUGGAUAGCUACAUACCAGUUUGCUGUGACGUAUAGAAAUGCGUCGAAUGAUAGUCGGCCAGCUGUCGCCAUUGUAAACACGCCCAAAGGGAGCGCAAUGUCCUGCAUUAACUAUGAAGAUGUUUGCUACAGCAUGGGUUCCAACAGACCUUGGUAUUACUACUUGUUUGGAAUACCACAAUGGAACCUCAUACUCACCGCAUCUUCGAACAGUAUGGAAGUAGCUACACUAGCUUCAGUCGAUGGAUCAAAUUGGCUUCAGUUUUGCCAGUCGGAUGAUGCCAGACCUGAGCUACCGCUAACAAACAAGAAGAUAGAGAACUAUCCAGUUGGUGUCUCCAUAGACACUUGCGCCAUACACCAAUUACCAUGGGGUGAGAACGAGCAACUUCCGCCCAUGCCGCUGCUGCACGUGGUGUCGCACACGGGGCUGCUGACCGUGUUCAACGUGGUCAACCUGGGCAAGUCCGCCGCGCAGCUGUGUGCGCCGCCGCAGCACAUCGCGCUGCCCCAGCUCGCCAUGACGAGCCAAAUUCCUGAUGAUGCACCGCCUGCACCGGAACCUGCACAGCAACAAGCGCCGCCAAAGCCGCAACCAACGCAACAAAUUGUUCAACCGCAACCUGUUCAAGCACAGCAACCUCAACCGUUUCAACCGCAACCCGUGCAAGCUCAACCGCAGAGUUUCAAGCCACAGCAGCUACCCCAACCGCAGCAGCCGUCUUUCUCAUCAUCAUUCGCUUCUGCUCAAGCGUCUCAAACUAUUGUGAAGCCUGCGCCUAAAACUGAACCUACAGUUCUAUCAGUUCCGAAGCCGAGUACGCCUGCUACUGAUUCCUUGCAGAAACCACCAGCAAUACAAUCGCCCAGCGCAGCUGAGGCUCAAGCAUUAAAAGCGGAACAAAUCAAGAUCAACAAAGCAAAGGCCCUCGAAGAACUUAAGAAAAUGCUCAUCAAAGAAGUGAACGACUUCCAAAUGGAGUUGUACCAGUUUAGGAAAGAAACUGUAGACAAAUUGUGUCAGAUCCAGAACGACAUACAGACGGCGAAUGUGCCCGACCUACACCAUCUCAGCACUGAACAACUGCAAAAAGACUGCAGUAUUGAGGAGCUACACGAGUCUGUUGUGCAGCUCAAACUAGAGCUGGUUCGCGCAUGCGCGGUGGUCGCUGAGGCGAGAACGCAUGCGCAAGCCAAGGACGAAGAAUGGACGCAAGAAGACCCCCUCACGGCCAAACGGAUAGCCUCAGUGAAGAAGCUAGCCUACUACGUGCAGAGCCAAUUGGACCAAGCGCGCAGAGCUUUGGACCAUAAAUGGAACGAAAUGGCUAUGAAAGAUGAAUAUAGAAAGCCAGGAGAUCGUAUGAUACGUCCGAUCCUAGACGACGUCUACCAACCGCUAGUGAAACAACAGGAGAUAUUGACGAGACAAGAAGCGGUGCUACGUACGUUGAGAGCUACGCUGAAAGAAUGCGACAUAAGCCCCAUGUUCAAGACCACGUCGAUAUUACGGAGCACGCCUUUUAAAAAGGAUCCAUUAUCCAAACUUACCAAAAACAUUCUAAACAUGAGCAUCGAACCACAAACCAAGCCGAAAGAACUACUUAGCUCUCAAAAACUGGACGCGCUCAGAGAUAUGCUAUCAAAUCAUACGCCGAACAAAAUAAAACCAGUACACGUUGACCUUCGGAAACACGUGGAAAACAUGAAGAAACGCUACGAAAAGAGUUUGAAAGAGAAAGAAGAAUUGAAAGAUUUUAAACCAGUUCCAGUUAAGGUUGAACCGUGUUUAACUCAGGUUGAAGUUAAGAUGCCUCAACCGAAGCCGGCACAAAGUGCGUUUGAGCUGAAACCACAGGCAAAACCGCCUAUGCCUAGUAUGCCGCAAGCAAAACCACAAGUUGCGCCUAGUAUACCUCAGGCACAACCAUUCAUCCCGCAGAUGCCAAUAAAAGUUGAAGCUAAGCCUGACAAGCCCAAGGAGUCACCGAUCACGAUUCCCACGUUCACCCCCGUCAAUGCGAAGACAGUCAAAAACACGGGACUCGUAGCUAGGACGCUGUUUACAGAUGAACCUAAACAAGAGCCAGUAGUGCCAACGCUAGUGUUCGGCCAACAGACAAACAAAAGUCCGUUCGCCCCAGCGGAACCGCCAAAAUCUACUCCAGCGCAGCCGAGCGUGCUACAUAGUGUCCUCACAAGCGACACUAAAUCGUUUGCCCAAGUGAAAAAUACUGAAAACACCUUCAUGGGACAAAAAAUUUGUGCUCCGACGGCGUUCAGCUUUUCAAAGCAACCACCUACGAACACUUUUACCGCAAAACCUAUAAGUGAUAAUUCAAUAUUCUCUAAAUUUUCCGCUCCACAACCUAAACCAGAGGAACCUAAGGCAACAGAUAAACAAAAGUCGGACGAAACGGGCGAACAAGAGGCAACGGUAGUGAUAAAACAAAAUGUACCAUUUAGACCUACUUCAAACAUUUUCAACGUCCCAACGUCACCUCCUGCAAAUUCUCAAAAAAGUACUCCCGAUAUCCAAAAGAGUUUCCAAGGGUUUGGCUUCACCCAAGUAGAUAAUAAAAAGACACAAGACAAGGAAUCAGAGAAUGCGAAAGAAAACAUUCAGGAGAAAAAGGAAGCUCCAUUGGAAAGUAAGAAAGAAAAUGAAAACGCAAAAGAAAUUAAUAAACCACCAGUUAAUCAAACCGUUAUUGUUGUUGACCUUAAGAAAAAAACCGAUGGUCCUGCUGAAAAGCCAGUUGCCACAGUUUUUAGUGCUUCCAGCACAGCUCCUGUUUCAAGCUCAAAACCACAAGCAAUUGCUGUUCAACCGAAAGUAAUAUUCGGUUCCACUGUAAUAGCUCCUGCAAAGGAGAAGACGCCAGAUUCCGCAACACCAGCAACAAAAAGCGAAACAGAAACUAAAACAACUUCGAGUGAAAGUGAUACAAAAGCAACUGUGCCUGCUACAUCCACAUCAACAUCUCUUACAAUCAAACCUGCAACACAAACAACGCAAGCAUCGGCGUUUGUUUCUAUACAACCAGCGAAUACUGACGCCAAAUCAGAUGCAAGUACGCCAAGUACUCCUUCCGUCUUUGCGCCGACUUCUAAACCUACAUCUCCUGUGUUUGCAACCACCACUAGUGCUUCAUCGAUUUUCGCUUCGGCUAACGCGUCUAAUUUUGGUACAACUACCACUCAAUCAUCAGUAUUUGGUACUCAGUCGACAACUCAAAGUGCAUUUGGUCAAACUACGACCACAUCAUCAGUCUUCGGAGCCACAUCGUCAGCACAGAGUAUAUUUAGUGCGGCCGCUACAAAUACUUUUGGAAGUACACCUGCGAAUACUCAAAGUGUAUUCGGCACUGCUACUACUACAACACAGUCAAGUGUGUUUGGAUCUACGCCGGCGUCUGUAUUUGGAUCUGCUAAUCAGACUUCUGUGUUUGGGUCACCGACGACCCAAGCGUCGAUAUUCGGGUCGCCUACCACCCAAGCGUCAGUGUUUGGUUCGCCAACACAAACGACUCAAUCGUCAGUAUUUGGUACCCCAACCCAGACGACCCAAGCUUCGGUAUUUGGUACGCCGACCCAAACUACUCAAGCGUCCGUAUUCGGGUCGACUCCAUCGCAGGGGUCCGUUUUCGGGGCGCAGACGACGCAAAGUGGUUCCGUGUUCGGGUCGCCAGCUACUACUCAGAGUGGAUCUAUAUUUGGCGGUGCGGAGUCUAACUUGUUUGCUGCGGCCAGCAUUUCUACUACCAGUGCGUCGUCACCUACUAGCGGGGGAAGCAUUUUCGGUGGCGGUUCGUCAGUAUUCGGCAGCAGUGGUGGUAACGUGUUUGGGGGCAAAGCGUCCUUCAGUGGGUCAAAUCCCACGGCGGCGAACAUCUUCGGUGGCUUCAACCAGGGACAGAAACCCGCUGCUGACUUCUGGAGCGGCGGUAACGCUAAUAGUGGAUCUGGAUUCGGUACUCCGGCGUUUGGUCAACAAGCGACUACCCAAGCGUCGUCCAUCUUCGGCGGCACAACGGGCGGCAGUUUCAGCGCGCCGGGCGGACAGUUCGGCAGCCCGGGGCCGUUUAGCGGCGGAGAGAACAAGUCCGUGUUCGGCACGCCGCAGCAGCAGACUGGUGCCCCAGCCUUCGGUGGUUCACCAGUCUUCGGCUCAAGCCCAGUGUUUGGUGGUAAACCCAGUUUCGGCUCCCCCGGUUUCGGUGGCGCGGGUGCAACAGGCACAGGGGCCUUCAACAAGAGCCCCGGCGGGUUUGGGGCGGCGCCCGCGUUCGGGGGCGGAGCCACGUUCGGCACCCCGGCCUUCGGUGGCGCCUCCCCGGGGAAAGUGUUCGGUAGCUCUAGCCCUGGUUUCGGAUCACCGAGUCAGCAGUCGGCGCCGGUGUUCGAGAACCUGGCGACACAGAACACGCUGACGUUCGGCAACCUCGCACAGCAGUCCGGCCCCGCGCCGCAGUCCGCGCCCAGCUUCAACACGUCGCCAUCAUUCACUGGCUGGAGAGGAUAAGAAGGAUCAAGCUGAAAAAUAAUGUUAAUAUAUUUUUUAAUGCAGAAUACACUACGAAUUUUAAAUCA